AUGGUUAGGCAGUCGCCUAUGAUUUCCAUCCCCAAGAAGAGCUCGGCAGAUGUAGACUGGAUCCCCUCAAUUCGCAACCUCAUCGCCAAAUCGUAUGGUAUAAGUCCAGACGACUAUGCUGCAGAGUGUCAAGUACUUCAGCAAUGCCGCAGGGACGCGGUCAAAGAUGCCAACAGUAAUGUAAUAGCCCAUGACCGUUUGUCUCGGUACUUCGCCCAGCUCGAGUUUCUUGGUCUUCGGUUUCCUGAAAUAUGUAUCGACUCCACUUGGAGCGAUGCAUUCUCAAACAAGCAGAUUGUCCAGACAUCCCUUGCGUAUGAGAAAGUGUCCAUCCUCUUUCAGAUAGCGGCUACACAGUCGGCAAUAGCGGCUUCACAGAAUAGAACAAGACCAGAGGGCCUCAAGCUUGCAUUCUACUACUUCCGUUCCUGCGCCGGCUUACUCACGUACAUUGCCGAGAGUUUUCCCCAUGCCCCUUCCAUCGACCUCAGCCGCGAUGUUAUUAGCUCUUUGACGGGCAUCGUCAUUGCACAGGCAACUGAGAUAUUCCUGGAGAAAGUUAUCGGUGAGAAGACGGCUCACACUCUGAUAUCCAAAGUCGCCUCUCAAACCGCGCACUUGUACACCGCGUCGACUGAGGAGGUUAAGGCGCUCACGUACAAAGGUGUCGUUGAUCAUAAGUGGAACAUGAUUCUUCAGAUCAAAUCUAAGUACUUUGCCUCUCUCGCGCAAUACUAUCGCGGGCUGGUAGACGACAAAGCCGGCAACCACGGCAAUGCCCUCGUCCGUUUCAAACUCGCCGAAUCACUAGCUAAUGAAGCAAAUCAAGACGCAACUUCCUUCAACGCUCUCUUUGUAUGCUCUGUGUCAUCGCUUCCCGUUGAUGCUGGCAGCGCCAUUCUUGACUCCACUCGAGUGCAUCUUUCCCUCUGUACGGAGCGAAGAAGUGAGGCCACGCGCGAGAAUGACCUAAUCUACAUUGCCGCUCUUCCAUCUCACGGUACGCUUCCCGCCAUCGAGAAGGCGAUCGUUGCGACACCGGUUUCAAUCCAAGAGUUCUACGGGACGCCGGACAUGCAGAAAGUCACUGGCCUCGAUAUCUUCUCCAAGCUAAUCCCUCUGAAUAUACAUAAAAGCACCAGCGUGUACAUGGAGGAGAAGGCGGAACUCAUACGUCGCGAGGUCGAGCUUGCGGAGAGUGCCGACACAGAGGCAUGCAGUGCCCUCGAUGCGAUAGGCGUUCAGGAUGGUUUGGCGCGGUUCAAGGCGAUUACAGAAGGAGGAAUCGAUGUGAAGGAUAUCCCGCGCGACAUGAGGCGGUGGAGGGAGGACAUCGGGGCCAUGGAAGAUCGCAAGGGUGUUGACAUGCUCAUGCGGGAGCUCGGCAAGCUCAAGGCCUCCGCCACAGACGUGCUUGACUCGGUUUCGUAUGACCUCAAGUCGCGAGAUCGCAAGGCCAUGCGAGUCGGAUAUAACCGGAACCACCCGUGUACGCACCGGGACCGCUCUGCGUUAUCGGACGGAUCAAUUCGCUCCGAAUUAAACUCACAAGUAGCCGCACUCCAUGCUGCUGCUUCAUCAGACGGCCAGGUCGCCGCGCUUUGGGAUUCAGUGAAAGGGAUCAUUGGUCUUUUAAUUUCUGACAACUUGGAGGACGUGCUCAGGUCGAGCAUACAUAAAAUCCCACAAAUGGAUGGCCUCCCGUACUUGGACCUGUCGAGCGAUCUGUCGGACGAACGCAAACGCAGAAAGAUCAAGCAGUGUAUAACAGACAUUGAGGAUCGCUUGAAGAAGCUGAAGGAGAUAAGGUCCGAGCGCAGCGACGUGCUCAAGGAUCUACGAAACAAAGUUGCUCAACGUGGCGAUUCCUUGCAGUUGCUGCUAAUCACUAGGCAAACUUCUAAUACUGAGCCUAGCCUCAUUACUACUGAACUUGAAAGGUUCAAAUUCUAUCAACAGCGGAGGCAUGAAUGUGAUCGUCACCAGCAAGUAGUAUUACAGGAAAUUACACUGCUGUGGAAAACCUUGCAGGAUAUGGAGACCCAUGGCCUUUAUGCUAGGGGGUGGGUAGAAAGGGAGAAGCGCGUUAAGGAUGCUGUUCGGACGUUCGCAAGAGCACGAGAUGGGUAUAUGCAGGUUCAGGAUGGCCUUGAUAAAGGCAUUCGAUUCUACCAGCAGCUCGUCAACCUCAGUGAGACUAUGAGGCAAAGGGUAAAAUCUAUCUCCAACAACAAAUGA